AUGUCAAGUCACAAUAAAGCAGUACAAAAAGUUACAUUGGUCUCUGUGGAGGGAGAAAAGUUUACUAUUGAUAGAGUAAUAGCUGAGCGCUCAUUGUUACUAAAGAACUAUUUAACUGAUAUGUACAAUACCAAGUUAGAUGAAGAUGAUGAAGACGAAGAUGAACAUGAAGAAAAAAAUGGUGAUAAUGAGAACAUUUUAAUACCUGUGCCUAAUGUUAGAUCAUCAGUUUUGGAAAAAGUUAUUGAGUGGGCUGAGCAUCAUAGAGAUUCCAAGUUCCCGGAUGAAGAAGAUGACGAUUCGAGAAAAACAGCACCAAUCGAUGCCUGGGACCGUGAGUUUUUAAAAGUGGAUCAAGAAAUGAUGUAUGAGAUCAUAUUAGCUGCUAAUUAUUUAAAUAUUAAGCCAUUGUUGGAUGCUGGCUGUAAAGUUGUUGCAGAAAUGAUUAGAGGUAGAACACCUGAAGAAAUCAGAAGAACUUUUAACAUUGUCAAUGACUUUACAUCGGAAGAAGAAGCUGCUAUUAGACGGGAAAACGAAUGGGCUGAAGAUCGUUAG